ACAUUUCAUUCAACCCAAAAUAUCCCAUCAAGUCGACCUCUUGACACUUGACCAUUGAUCAUCAUGUCAACAGGUGAUCAAUCUCUCCAGCCACCCGCGGAUGGGAUCUCCGCGCUUGCAUUCUCAGCGGAUUCACAGCGUUUAUUAGUAGCUUCGUGGGAUGGGAGCAUCCAACUCCACGAGCUGACCAUACCACCGACAGCUCCUAGAAUCUUUACACAUCCUGCUGCUGUCCUCAGCGUGACUUUCGGAUCUUCAUCCAAUACUGCGUUUUCUGGAGGCUUGGACAAGCGCGUCAGAGAGUGGAAUUUUGAGACUGGUCAAUGUCGCGUGCUUGGUAAACACGAUGAUGCCGUUUCCUCUAUCGUGUGGUGUCCCGAGAAGCAGAUCCUUCUGACUGGCUCAUGGGAUCAAACACUAAAAGUCUGGACCCCCUCCUCUGACUCUCCUCUCACAUCCUCGCACAAUCUCCCCAACCGAAUCUACAGUAUCGCUCACAGUCCUGCUACCUCCAAAGUUCUCGUCUCAAUGGCCCACAGACAUGUCUGGGUCUUUGAUGCGGGGGCCCUGGCCUCUGCAGCUCAAGGACAGACAUUGCAGCCUGAACAACAGAGGGAGAGUGCCUUGAAAUUCUUGACGAGAAGUAUAGCCUUGAUGGCGGAUGGAAAGGGCUGGGCGAGUGGCAGUAUCGAGGGCCGUAUUGCUGUCGAAUAUGUGGAUCCCGAUCCUGCUGCUCAAGCUCAAAAGUACGCCUUUAGAGCGCACCGUCAAAAUGUCGACGGCGUGGACUGCGUUUACCCGGUCAAUGCUUUGGCCUAUCACCCUCAAUACAACACCUUUGCAUCCGGCGGAUCGGACGGGUUCAUCUCUAUCUGGGAUCACUCUGCUAAGAAGAGGAUGAAGUUGUACUCCAAAUACCCCACUGCCAUCUCCUCGCUCGCCUUUUCACCCGAUGGAUCGAAACUGGCCAUCGGUGCGAGUUAUGAGCAUGACAAUGCCGUAAACGAGUCGGACAGAGGUACGGUCAUGCUACUGAUCAAGGACACCGUCAAUGUAGAUUGCAAGCCCAAACCAAAAGCAUGAGCAAUGCAUA